ACGGUGGAGGAGUUUCGCUGUURUGCUACUGUAAAAUCUUAGCGUAGUGAAUCGCUAGGAGAGAUACAGGGGAAUAACGGAGCCGAAUUCACGAGCGUUCCCCGAUACUGUUAUUUUGAAAUUAUAGUGACUGAAUAAAGUUUUUCUACAUGAGAUGGACUAUUAGUACAGACACAAGGUUGUAUUUACCUAGGCUUUGAAGAGUUUGCGAGCAGCUACCUAACUAGCGAUGCUAACGUUAGCUAGCGAACUCGAUGAAACUGUAAACAUGGUUUAAAUUGGUUUCUCACUUGACGUUAUGUUGCAGUGAUUUUAAUUUAGUAUGAAUUAUUUUAUGAAUGUGUGUCUGUCGUAGCUAAUAACGUAUUUAGGAUACAUGUAUGCUUGGAUUCAAACAGCCGCAGUGUGUACACAAAUCAAACAACUGCAGCAGAUGCAGAUGAUGGAGGAGCUGUGGAGACGUGGCAUGCCCCUGUCAGAUCGAAUGGAAAAUGACUCCCCAGCCGAUAUGGCCCCAGGGUCCCCGACCACAGCGGCCCCGUCGGGCUCCAACGCCUCCUGGGUGCCAGACACCCCCCUGGUGACCCCUGAGGAACCAUACUUCCUCAUGACCUCCACUGCCCAGACCGUGUCAGGGUUCUUUGUCUGGACAGCCCUGCUAAUAACCUGCCACCAGAUCUACAUGCACCUGCGCUACUACAGCUCUCCCAAUGAGCAGAGGCACAUAGUUCGCAUCCUCUUCAUCGUUCCCAUCUAUGCCUUUGACUCGUGGCUCAGCCUCCUCUUCUUCACUAACGAAGAGUACUACGUCUACUUUGACACGGUCCGCGACUGCUACGAAGCGUUUGUGAUCUACAACUUCCUCAGCCUGUGUUAUGAGUACCUUGGAGGGGAGAGCGCCAUCAUGGCUGAGAUCAGAGGAAAGCCCAUUGAGUCCAGCUGUGUGUACGGAACCUGCUGUCUCUGGGGAAGGACUUACUCCAUUGGGUUCCUCCGAUUCUGCAAACAGGCCACUCUGCAGUUCUGUGUGGUGAAGCCUUUGAUGGCCAUGAUCACAGUCAUCCUGCAGGCCUUUGGGAAGUACAGAGAUGGAGACUUCAAUGUGGCCAGUGGGUACCUGUAUGUGACCAUCAUCUAUAACUUCUCUGUCAGCCUGUCUCUCUACGCCCUCUUUCUCUUCUACUUCGCCACCCGCAACCUGCUGGUCCCCUACAGCCCCAUGCUCAAGUUCCUCAUGGUCAAGUCUGUCAUCUUCCUCUCUUUCUGGCAGGGUAUGCUGCUGGCCAUCCUGGAGAAGUGUGGAGCCAUCCCUAAAAUCAACUCUCCCGAAGUGUCAGUUGGGGAGGGCACGGUCGCCGCCGGCUACCAGAACUUUAUCAUCUGCAUUGAGAUGUUCUUUGCCGCUGUGGCCCUGCGCCACGCCUUCACCUACAAGGUCUACAUGGACAAGAGGCUGGACUCCUACGGGUCCUUUCCUAUUUAUGGACAGUACGGUCGCUGCGCCCCAAUGAAGAGCAUCUCCAGCAGUCUGAAGGAGACCAUGAACCCCGGAGACAUGGUGCAGGACGCCAUCCACAACUUCUCCCCGGCCUACCAGCAGUACACACAGCAGUCCACCCUUGAGCAGCGRGGAGGGGUGCCGGUGUCCCGCAGCCACAGCAACCUCAGCACCCGCGACAACGAGAAGACCCUGCUGCUCAGUUCCGACGAUGAGUUCUGAGCCCCCCUACACACCGACCGGUGGUACUACUGUGGGGUGGAGACGGGAGGGGCUUUAUGGACUCUACUACAGUGCCGUACCAAAUCGACAGGCUUAAGUCCUUUGGCUGAUCCACUUCAUUGCGUACAUGAACAUAGUACUCAUAUUCCUCAGUCUAUAUUGACAAUACAAGCAACCUACUACAUAGAGGUCCAUUGCCACAUACCACUGCCAAUAUGGAUCAAUACAAAUACACACACACGUGCAUAGACCAUUCCCAGGUGUCUUCAGGCUGUGUGUUAACACUACAAAGACCUACCAGACAGAAACACUCACCAACGUGCAUGCCAUUGACAUGAGUGCCAUUGAAAUAUUGUCAAUUAUACAGCAUCCCCCCUCACCCUCCUGCCAGCUCUGCCUCUUCCUGAAAUGUUGCCAAAUAGAGGGAGAUCCCGCUUGGUCAGCAGGACCCUCUCUAACUUAAGAUUUCAGAGUGACUUGGAUAAGACACUAAGGGACCCCGAAAUCACUGUAUAUUUUGAUGUUUAUUGACCUGAUGGUGUUCUUCUCAUUUUAAACGAAUCUAUUAUGAAGGGAGGUUAUUAUUAUAUGAUGUGUGUUAGUGUGUGUUGGCAUGAACGGGAAGGUACAGUGAGGAUAAUAUAAUUGGGGGAUUUUGGGGGUCAUUUGGGGUGUCCCGGAAUGUUAUGGUUGUUGUUGAUGACGUAUUGAGGGAACAGCUGUUGACAGAGGUUUGGCGUGGGCGACUAACAUCGCUCACGCGGAGUACAGAUGAAAGAGGAACUUGCUUCUCAGCAGAGCUGGACCCGGCCGCAGCAGACAGGAUUACAAUCCCGUAAUUGGGGCAUUAUGUGCGGCACAGAUCAGGCAUGUUUUUACCAUCACGUUGGUGUAACGGUCAUAUCGCGCCGAACUGCGCAUGUGCAGACCGUCUAAUCAAAGGCUGUCUUGAUAAUGUUUUUUGGACGAAAAUGAAAACUUGUCAGUGUGUCACCUUCACAAGGUUGGAGUAAUAACAUGUUCAACUACUUWAGACAUUGGCUCGAAUCUAGGUUGUGUCUUUAGAUUGAGAAAAUAAACAACUCAUUUCACUGUU